AAUUCACAAGAAAUUAGAAAGAUUAUUAAGGAGCUUAAGGAGCUUAAGGUGCUUGAUGAGUUUGAUGACAUAAGAAAAAUUAAUGAAAAUUUUCAUGAAGUGCAAUAUGUUGAGUUAAUGAAUCGUCAAGAAGUUAUUAUGAUUAUUAGCAGAGAUUUAUUGGUAAUCAAGAAUCUUGUAAGAAAUAUUAAAGAAUACAUUGAUGGGAAGAUUGAUAAUAAGAAAGAAUCCGAUAAUGAAUCUGAAAAAAACACAAUUAAACUUAUAACAAAGUACCUUAAGGAAAAUUUACCACAAUAUCAUGAAAACAAGGAUAUAUUAUCAAAUGAAAGUAAAGAAAUGAUUGAUAAAACCAAAGAAACUUUGUUAGAGGCUCGUAAACUUUUGAACGCUGUCAAGA